AUACUAUUGAUUGCCUGGCUGUCAGGGUCCUGCCCACAUCCAAUAUGGCUGCCGGCGGCUCCUCAGCGCUGAUGGUGGCGGCGGCGGCCGUGGCCCUAGGCGGCGGGCUGAUCCUAGUGGCUCGCCGACUGAUGAGCAGCAACGUCCGGGCCGCGGCCUCUGCCCUGAUGCGGGGCAAGACGGUGAUCAUCACCGGGGCCAACUGCGGGAUCGGCCGGGCCACGGCCGCCGAGCUGCUCAGGCAGCAGGCUCGCGUCAUCCUGGCGUGCAGGGACCGGGACCGGGCGGAGGAGGCGGCCCGAGAGCUGAGGCUAGAGGCCGGGGACAGCGGGGAGAUCAGUGUCAGGGAGCUGGACCUGAGCUCCCUGCAUUCAGUCCGGCGCUUCUGCCAGGAGGUGGUGAAGGAAGAAACUCGCCUUGAUGUGCUCAUCAACAACGCCGGGGUUUUUCAGUGCCCCUACAUGAAGACGGAAGACGGGUUCGAAAUGCAGUUUGGCGUGAACCACCUAGGUCACUUCCUCCUCACUCACCUCCUCAUUGGCCUCCUGAAAAGCUCCGCCCCCAGCAGGAUCGUGGUCGUUUCCUCUAAACUCUAUAAAUACGGUGAAAUCAAUUUUGAUGAUUUAAACAGUGAGAAGAGCUACAGUCGAAGCUUUGGUUACAGCCGCAGCAAAUUGGCGAACGUCUUGUUCACUAGAGAGCUGGCGAGGCGCCUGGAAGGCACCGGGGUGACGGUCAAUGUCCUUCAUCCUGGAAUAGUCCGAACCAAUUUAGGAAGGCAUAUUAAUAUCCCUGUCUUGAUCAAACCGCUGUUUAAUGUUGUGUCCUGGGCUUUCUUUAAAACCCCUGAGGAAGGCGCUCGGACCUCUGUCUACUUGGCAUCCUCUCCAGAAGUGGAGGGGGUAUCUGGAAAAUAUUUUGGUGACUGCAAAGAGGAAGACCUCUUGCCGAAAGCUAUGGACGACUUGGUUGCUAGGAAACUCUGGGAUAUAAGUGAAGUCAUGGUUGGCCUUAUUAAAUAAGUGUAGGACUGAUCAGAUGUGGUUACCAAUUGUUCUUCCAGUGUAAAGUACUGUAAAAAAAAUAUAGACCUAUAUAGAGACAAUAUGGUUUUAAAACAAAAUAAAGAAUAUUCUUAGCAUUAAAUAUUAAGCAAA